GUAUGGCAGUUAGUAAAUUUGUUUCUAGUUCUACUUGAAGAAUUCAGUAAAACAAUUAAGAAAAUGAAAAAAGAAAAUCAAUCUAAAAUCUUGGAGUUUGUGAUACCUUUGGAGAAGGAUGAACUUUUACAGUCACAUACAGGACAGUAUUGUGUCAAUGAAGUUCUUCCACCGCGUGCUAUACCCCAAGCCAUCAGUGAUACCAGAGCUGCCUUGCAAGAUAAUGGUGUAAAUUUUAUUCUGGAGCAUUUUGACACCUUCUUUUCCAUAAUUGUACAUGGUUCCAAAAUUGAGCUGUCUAUGAUUACUAGAGGAUUCGAUAGGCUCAUGAAAACUCUGGAAAUAUUAGUGGAUGAUUUAGAGAAGGUGUUUGAUUAUGGUACAGAAUUGAUACCAGAAGAUAGAUCCCGUUUACUAUGUAUCAAUAAAAUGUUAGCAUAUCUUGUAUCUUGGUUUAUGCGUCAUAUUAAUGGUCGUGUGCAGCAAGAUGCUGGUACUAUUGAUCUGAUGGGAAAGCGAAAGAAGAAUGCUAAAAAAUCAGAUGCAGAAGAAGAGUGGGAAAGGCAUAAGCAGAAAUCAUUGGAGCUUAUAUAUCGUUGGGUACAGCAACCACUGCAAAAGCUGUGGCAACCUCCUAUUGCUGAGGAUUCAUUUAUCUCGGUUCUGACGCAAAUAUGCUAUACAUUAUUGGAAGACGCAAAAGAUUCAAAGCAAAAGCCACUACGAGAAACAAUUUUCGAGAUUUUAGGUACACUAGUAAAAAGGUACAAUCACGGUGUAAUCUGUGUAAUAAAAAUAGUACAGUUGGUGAAAUUACAUGACGUCUUAGCGAUUCCACUUGCCACAGGAAUUGCCCAAAUUGUAACUGAAACCGGUUGUACCGGAAUGAUAAAGGAAUUCGUCCGAGAAAUCGGCCAAACCGAAGCUGAAGAAGGAGAUGCUCGCAAUAUUUCAAUAUUUCUGGAAUCUCUCUCCUCAGCACGGCCUGACCUCUUAUUGCCUAUUUUAGGUAGCAUCACAGAUUAUCUAUCAAACGAUCAAUACACUAUGAGAAACUGCGUUAUCAGCAUCCUAGGAGCAAUAAUAUUAGGAGCUUUAACGGGAGAAGAUUUAACUCCGGAGCAAAAAGAGAAACGUGAUGAGUGUCUGGAUAACCUAGAAGAACAUAUCCUGGAUAUCAAUGCUUAUGUCAGGUCGAAGGUUCUUAACACGUGGCAAAAGUUAUGCUGUGAGGGUGCUGUUCCUCUAGCUAGACAAGGAAGUCUUCUUAAAGCGACUGUGUUACGAUUGGAAGACAAAAGUGCAAACGUUCGAAAGCAGGCAUUUCAAUUAUUACGUGCAUUGCUUCAGGGUAAUCCUUACGCUGCUAAGCUUAACCAGAAUGAAUUAUCGAAACAACUUGAAGACGCAAUAACUAAAUUGAAACAACUGCGCACUGAGCAGGCCAGUCAAAGCGUUCGUGGAGACGAGGAGAGAUUGCAAUUUUGGAAUAGUCAGCUUCCAGUAAUAAGGACAGCUAUCAAAACUGUUUUGAAAGAAGAAAACACCGCAAAUGAAAACAUUGAAGACGUGGACGAGGCUUUUGAGAAAGUAAGACAGUUGAUGUUGAGAGAACAUGUAUUGGAAGCAGUGCAAUACUUAUGGCAUGUAAGUGCACAACUUCCUGGAGCACCAGAUAUGAGGAAUAUCGAUUCCAAUAGUCAAGAAGAAUGUCUCUUUCUAUUUUUACUGAAAAUAUUCAUGGAGUCGGAGGCUUCGGACUCCAAUAUGGCAAAUAACAAUAACAAAACAACUGAAUUGGAAAAGUCAAAGGAAAAAGAGCGUAAAAGGCAAAAGGACGAACUCAAUGCACAAAAAAGACUCGUCGAAUAUUUGAAGGAUUGUUCGCAAUUCGCUCAAGAGCUUGCAAACGCUAUACCGCAGGCUGAACAUCUUCUUUUUUCAACCACAGCCAGCGAUGCUGUAGAAGCUUGUGCAUUUCUUGGUACAGCUUGUCAGUUUCGUGUAGCUGGUGCCAUAAAUGGAGUACGAAAAGCUUUAUUUCAGGUCUUUAGUCGCGAUCAAUCAGUCCAGGACAAUGUGGCCAACGUUUACAAAGAACUGUAUCUAGGAACCAAUCAACAAUAUCAAUCAGGGCGUCAACGUGGCUUGGCAUCUGUAAAAGCUCUUAUUCGCUUUGUAAUGGAUCUCGAACCUGGACAGAGUCCUGCACUUACUCAGUUGAUUGUUUCCUGGUGUAAUAGUAAGGAUCUUGAUGCAGACGCGUUGCAGGUCAUGUGGGAAAAAUUCUCGAUGAAAUUACCGGAUACCACGCCGGAAGAGAGCAGAGCUGCUCUCGUCUUAAUAACUAUGGCAGCGAAAGGUGAAUCUGCAAUAAUUACUGGGAAUUUGGAUGUUUUAUUAAAAAUAGGGCUCGGUAGACGAGCGAAAACUGAUUUGCUCUUAGCUAGGGACACUUGUAGAGCGCUUCAUAAGAUUCCAAACAAUAACACAGAUCCCAAUAAGCCUCCUGUUAGGUAUGCAAACGAUCAUGAAAUAUUCCAAAACAUUCUUGAGCUUCUAACUGAGAAUUUCAUGAAUCUGGAGGAUGAGUGUUACAUUUCCUUUGCAACCGAUGCUAUCAAUAUUAUAUAUCAUUUAGCGAAUCAACCUGAUAAGUUAAUUAAGGAAAUGAUGCUUGAUGUGGUUGCGAAAGGUAAUUUUGUCAAAAACGGUUCAUACAGUGCUGUAGCACCUGCACCACUCUUAGCAAGACUCUUAUAUCUUGUUGGUCACAUUGCCAUUCGACAGAUGGUACACCUUGAUACUGCAGUAUACAAGGAAUUAAAACGUAGAAAUGAAUUACGAGAGAUGAAACGUGGACGUAAAUCUAAGAAAAGAGAUACGUUGCUACCGGAGAGUGUUCCAAACACUCCUUCCUGUGCGAGUCAAACUCUUCGUAACAAAGAGAAUAGUACUAUUGAGGACAAUGGCGAAGAAGCUCUAGAAGGAGCCACGGCUGAUGAUGCUGAUGCAGAAUUUAUUAAUGCGACGUUAGAAAAUGACAUCGUUACAGGGGAUGGACUACUCGCUAAAUUUGUUCCUCUCGUGCUAGACAUUUGUCGAUAUCCAGACAAAUAUAAUGAUGAAAAUGUACAGGCCUGGGGUGUUCUUGCUCUCAGUAAAAUGAUGACUGUCAGUAGUCGCUUUUGCGAGGAGUCUCUACAACUUUUGGUUACGAUAAUGGAACGAUCGCCCUAUCCUGGAAUUAGAGCGAACGUUUUGAUUGGACUGACGGACUUGACUAUUAGAUUUCCUAAUCAGAUAGAGCCUUGGACGAGCCACAUUUAUGGCAGGCUUCGCGAUGACAAUACUAAUGUGCGAAGUACUUGUGUUCGUAUGUUAUCCAACCUGAUAAUGAGAGAAAUGGUGAGGGUCAAGGGCCAAGUGUCAGAGUUGGCACUUUGUAUUGUCGACCCCGAUCCUGACAUUUGUCAAAGUACGAAGCAGUUCUUUAGAGAUCUUUCUCAAAAGGGUAACGCUUUGUACAAUGUAAUGCCAGAUAUACUAUCUCGAUUAAGCGAUCCUGAGCUUCAUUUGGAAGAGGAUAAGUUCCAGGAGGUUCUCCGUUAUAUAUUGGGAUUAUUACAAAAGGAAAGACAAGUGGAUACCAUAAUCGAAAAGCUCUGCGCACGUUUUAAAUUGGCUACCACUGAACGCCAAUGGCGCGAUCUUUCUUAUUGCUUAUCACUUCUUCAUUUCAGUGGAAAAAGUAUCAGACGUCUAAUAGAGAGUCUUCCACUUCUAAAAGACAAGAUUCAUCACAGAGAAGUGCAAAGGGCUCUAAGGAGUAUAAUCGAUCAGACAAAAAAAAAACCAGAUGCAAAGGCAGCUUGUCUUGAAUUAGACGAGAAGAUUAAGGAAAUGCUUGAGAACGCAAAAACUAUGGAAGAUAGAGAUCCAGAUGCUGAUGUUAUGCCUCCUCCACGACUUCCGCCUCGUAAAAAAAUGGUUCGUAAAGCAGGAAAACAAAGCAGCAGCGAAGAAGACGAUUCGUCGGAUGAUGACGACCCAGUAUCAACCCCAAGAAGAUAUAUAAAAAGUAAACGUAAAUCACGCACGACGGAGCAAAAGUCUGAUUCAGACUCUGAAGAAGAUGCUGCCUUGGCUUUCAGCAAAACUCCUUCAAAGCGAACUUCAAAAACACCAAGACGACAGAAGAUACUUGAAACCCCCAGUACAUUAACGACUCCAAAACGAAGUCAAACGAGUAGAACACCUGCAAGAUCAUCAACAGAAACACCAACAAGAACAUCACUGCGAUUAUCAACGCGGUCAGCACGAUCGAAAAAAAUGUAAGAUUAGUUUAGCAUAUCAUUAAAGGCCUUAUAAUUCAUCAUUUUUUUCAUUAAACUAGUAACGAGUUAUUCGAUUAAACUGAAAUAUGCAAUUUGUACAUUUCUUAUACUGCAUUUCAAAUAAAAAUAACGGAAAAUAAUUA